UGUCCAGUACUGUCGUAUGCGCACGUUAUCAAAUAAUCUGGAAGGGAAAGAAAGUGCACCGACGGUGGCAGAUCUGACCUGAUAUUCGUCAUUGUUUUCGGAUUCUAUUUUCUUCUAUUUGCCGAAAAUGAUGAUUUGUAUCUGGUACUUCGACCUGUGGAGGGGAAAAUAUGGGAAAAAAAUAAGGAAAAGAAAAUGAAAUAAUAGAAUUUAGGUUAUUAAUAUAUUAUCAAAAAUGUAUAUUUUGUGCUCUGGUUCUACUUGUCUGUUAAUCACCUAUGCAUAAAAGCAAUUUAUUUUCUAUUUCUAGUUCCAAAAAGCAGAUCGUUCCAAGUUUAAAAUGCCGAUUGAGUUCCGUUCUUGUGUUUGUUGAACUACAAACAAAAAGUGCUGGAUGUCUCUGUAGAUAUUCGGCUCAGUUUUAAUGAUCGACUCUCAGAUUGUCUGGUUACUUUUUCUUCCCGCCGUCCUAUAUAGAUGAUCUCCGAUUGCUUUUUUUCAUGGAAUGAACGAAACACAAAUUCCCGGUUCAGUCAAAUGAUGUAUGUGAAAACAUAAGAUUCUCUGUGAAAGCAGGCUGUACCUUCCCACUGACGAUACCGCCCCUGUUGAUCUUCACGGUGAUCGCCUCUUAACGCAUUGAAUUCAAUUCAUUAAUAUACAUAUUUAACGAGGGUAUUUUAGUCGUUUCAAUUUAACAUUAAUAUACUAGACUGAACGCGCAGUUGCUUUACUGCAACUAAAUUGUUAAAUUAAUAUUUUCACUUUUCAGUCUCUGUCUCUGUCUCUGCGGACAAUCCUCGUAAAAAUAGUUUUCAUUCCGUUAAUUUAAUUUCCUAAAUUACCCCUCACUCCUACUUUUGAAUCCUCUAUCAUGUGGGGGUUGUUUUCGUAUUUUGAAGUUGAUUUUUAAUUACUAAAUUUAUGGGUUUCCUUUUACCGAGAUUCCCGGAAUACUUUUUUCAGCUGAGGCGGUGGGUGUGGGCCGUUUUCUCAUUACUAUUGGCUUCUGUUUAGUUUAUUCUAUUAUUAUAUGUGCAUUAAACAGAAAACAAAUAUUUGGAUUCCGUCAUUUAAAAUUUGUAUUUAGAAGCCAAAGCGUGUGGUUGUAUUAAAUUGUGUUGAAUUUGGAGGGCUGCUGCUGGUUGGGUAGGAAGAUAACGUGUCAAAGGAAACAAUCAUAGUUGACAUUUUGGUUUGGCUUUGAAAAUUUAGGAGCCAUGGGUUCAAUUAUCUCUUUGAUUCAUCCUUUUGUCACACAAAUUUAUGCGGUUCUUAUAUUUAUGCCGUCAUGCGGUUCUGUGAGAGUUCUAUUAUGAAUCAAUCAUGUAACUAUUACGUACAUAUUUUUAUCAUCUUUUAAAGGUGUUAUUCGACUUUAAUUUGGACAAGGGUAGGAUUCCUGUUGCCUCCGUCAUUUAAAAGCUGUAGGCGCUGAAUUAGCAGUUCCAGUCAUUCUUAGGUUAGGGCAACUGUUCUAUGCAUAUUAUUAUUUUAUUUCUACCAUUUUUGAAGGACAACUUUAAAAGCGAUUCUACCAUUUUAUCUCUACCAUAGUUUAUUCUAUUUUUGAAGGACAACUGUUCUAGGCGCUGAAUUCCUGAUGUCUUCACGAUUGAAAAGCCCCGCGCCAGGCCUGAAUUACUACUAGUUCCUGCAUUCUUAAAUGAGGAUGACUGCUGUAUGCUUAUGAUCAUAUUUUAAGUUUUUAUUAUGUUGAAAAGUUAGCAGCAACCAUAUAUUGUGGUAGCUCCACUGGUUAUGCUCUUUGAACCUAGACUUGAGGUAUCAUAUACAAGUUUGGUGUCCAUUGUUGCUUGGAUGGAUUUAAAAGCUCUAGGGCAGAGGGUGAUGGCAUUGCAUCGGAUGGUUAGUAAGGGUUUUUUGUGGGUGUCUUGAAUGACUAGGGUGCCGACUCCACUGGGUUAGAAGGCAGUACGUUGUGCUCCUGGUCAUCCAGCUUCCCCUUUUUACUGCACAAAAAAAAAGGUGGCAUGGGGAAGGACUAGUCUACUAACUUUAAUUAUGUUGUGAAGCUGAAAUAAUUGUUGUCUUCUCGGUGCAUCAGGGGCUAGUUCACUUUUGUCAAUCAUGGGAUGCAAGCCUGUAGUAGACCGCAUGGAUAUAAUUGGUGGAUCUGCAUCAGCAAGUCCAUGCUCAUCAUACCAACCGAGUCCAUGUGCUUCCUAUAAUCCAAGCCCUCCAUCAUCUUCAUUUCCCAGCCCAGUCUCAUCACAUUAUACUGCCAAUGGGAUUGGUAAUGCUGAUGCAAACUCCCUUAUCCCAUGGCUUAAAAACCUGUCAUCAGGUUCAUCAUCAGGAGGCUCAUCCAGGCUCCCCCAUCUAUAUUUCCAUGGGGGUUCAAUAAGUGCUCCAGUGACCCCACCAUUAAGCUCCCCUACUGCCCGAACUCCCCGGAUGAUGGAUAACUGGGAUGACCCAACUGCCGCUGCAGCUGCAGCCUGGGCUGGACAGCACCAUUCCUUCUUACCCUCCUCUACCCCACCAAGUCCUGGCCGUCAAACCCCAACCGGUUCAGGCUGGCUGUCUGGUGUUCAAACUCCCCAAGAAGGGCCAUCAUCCCCUACAUUCAGUCUUGUUGCAUCAAACCCAUUUGGUCUCAAGGAGGUAUUAUCAGGUGGAGGGUCUCGGAUGUGGACUCCUGGCCAAAGUGGAACGUGCUCUCCAGCAGUCGCAGCAGGUUGCGAUCAAACGGCUGAUGUUCCAAUGUCAGAUGGGAUUGCUGCUGAGUUUGCAUUUGGCUGUAAUACCAUGGGUUUAGUGAAAGCAUGGGAAGGAGAGAGGAUUCACGAGGAGUGCGUUGCCGAUGAUCUUGAGCUUACACUCGGAAACCCCAGCACCAGAUAGGAAAAUUCACCAGGGAAAGGAAGCAGAAAACGAUCCAUGUAUCUAUUUAUUUGGUUUCAACCCCUCUGUGACAUUCAAGAAGUAAUUAUCUAUCAUCAUGUUAAUCACAAUUUGAAUUUGAGGAAUUCUGCAUAUGAGACAAAGGAUAGUUCCAAAUACAGAUUACGGCCACUUCUUUCUUCUUCUUUUUCUUCUUUGCUUCGGUGGGGCCAUAGUAGUUGACUAUACAUGCUUCACACUCGUAUUUUUUAAUCUAUAUAUUUUUUUCCUUUUACACAUUUUUUUUUUUUACUGGAGAAGAAUUUUCCAUUACAGUAUCGAUACUCCAGAUAUUAUGUGAUUCUUCUUGUAGCUGAUGAUUAUUUUGAAUGUCAAGUUUGACUGUUUGGUUGUAAAGAUCUGAUUAUCCCUAACAUAUAUAAUGCUAAUGUCUAUGUUUAUAUUC